AUGAAGUGGAAGGAGUUAUACAAUAGUAAGACGCUUUCAUGCACUUCGUCGAAAAUCAGAAAGACUGAUCCAUGGGUGCUGGUGUGGAGGAGGCAUGUCGAGCACGAAGAAGCCGCAGACAAAGAGACAGAAAGCCCGCAGGAGCCCGGGUACUCGCCUGCUUUCCAUAUCUGCAGAUAUAUUAAGAGAAAUCUGCUUUUACACCUCGCAGAGGGCAUCUUUCUUGCGCAAGAAAACCCCAGCAACAACAGCUUCUCAACCAUAAGCGGGUCGGACUACCUCGCCUUGCUCAUGCAACAGAUAAGGCGCGAAAAGCCGAAAGGCACAUCCAGCUUCCGAGAGUUACUUACCUACUUUGUUUUGACCUCUUUGCUGCCCAUAACCAAAAAAAACCCGAGAGCGUUCAAUGAAAAAGAAAUCAAACUCCUAGAGCACAACAUGUGCAUGCUCAACAAAGGGCUGUGCAGCGACUCAGACAUUAUUCAUUUUGUGCUCAUUGUUUCUCUCCAAAUUUACAAAAUAGCGGCAAUCUACGCCAGCCCCUACCCAUACCACAGCACAAAAAUCGAAGCCAAUUUGAAUAUAUCCUUCAAUGACUUUCUGGCCGUGAGAUGGGCGGCCCAGAUGUUUAAUCUUCUGGUCUGCCACAACUUCCCCAUGGACAAGACGGACAUGCAUUUGAAGCUGAUUAUGAUCGCGCUGAAGAAUGCCACUGUAUGUUUCAACAGCCUAGGAGACUGCCUGGAGGACUACUAG